GGAAAAAUAAACUGCUCUAUUUUUUUUUUAAUAAAUCGCAAAUAAAUUUUUUAAGGAAAAAUACAGUAGAAAACUUUUAGUGAAAAAGAAAAAGAGGAAAGUACAAUGUUUGUACUGUGUCUCUUAACAGAAAUUUUAAACGAAAACUAAGAAACUGUUGUACAUAAAUGUAUACGGUAAAAUUUGUCACUCCUAAUAAAACUGGACUUAUAUUUAGGUGGUGAGGACAAAAAAAAAUAUAUAUUUUUGCAUUUUUGCAAUGAUAAUUUUGAUAUAAAUAAAAAAAAAACAGGAAUUAUUAUCUACCAAAUAAUCAUAAUUACGAAAAUGGCAGGAAUGAAAAUACCGUAUCCAAGUUCUGGAAUCUUAAUGAUGGUGGUUUGGUACAUCGUGGCAGUCCCACAGAACCCUACCCAAGCAGCGCCUCAAGGAGUGUGGCGCCGCGUGGAGGCGGUGUCGGGAAGGGAGGCUGUGCUACCCUGCGAGGUGGGAACAUUUGAACCUUCCGACAUGGUGUAUGUUGUCCUGUGGUACAGGGACGGCAACAAGGAACCGAUAUACAGUUACGACAACCGGCCGGGUCGCCUCCAGCCGCCAGAGCAGAGACACACCGUCAAUAGUGAACUGUUGCAAGGAAGAGUGACAUUUAGGCCUGGCCAGAUGCCCGCUCUUCACAUCCAACGUGUUAUGACUUCUGACCAGGCUAACUACACCUGUAGAGUUGACUUCAGGAUAGCGUCGUCAAGAAGAACCUACCUGAGUCUGCAGGUGGUGGUGCCUCCCGGUCAGCCCGUCUUAAGGAUAGGGGGCCAGCGAGUCACAAAUGAGGUGCUGGGACCCUUUCAAGAGGGAGCCUCACUGGUUAUCACCUGCAGCGUGGCAGGCGGGGAGCCUCCCCCAGACCUCGUCUGGAUGAGAGAGGACGAGGUUCUGGAUGCUACUGUGGAGUCUCGGUCCUCAGCGAUAACUGAGAACCAGCUCGGUUUGUUACGUUUGUCAAGGACCUUCCACAACGCUGUCCUCACUUGCUACGCCUCCAAUAACAACAUUACCUCGCCUACUCAAGCCUCCAUCACCGUCACCAUGAAUCUCUCUGACCCAAUACUGAGUGAUUUAUCUGAAGGUAUAGUUUCUUGUAAAACUGUUAGAUAUAUUGAUUCAUCUGAUGACAAGGAUGUCUUUACGACGACAGAACGAGGUCAAGAAUUGUCACAAUGA